AGGGUCUGGUCGGUCGGUCAGUCGGUGUCAGUCAGCAUGAGGAGCGCGAGGACGCUUAUGCGGCUCGUUCCCGGCCGGAGCCUUCAUCAUCAUCAUCAUCAUCAUCAUCAGGAGCGGUCAGCCGGGAUCAUUGGAGCACCUUUCUCCAGGGGACAGCCUCGCGGCGGAGUGGAGCAAGGACCGGACCUGAUCAGAGCUGCGGGACUGCUGCACCGUUUGCAAGAACAGGGCUGUGCAGUGAAGGAUUAUGGGAACCUGGAGUUUGAGGACGUGGCAGACGACAAGCCAGUGGGUCGGGUGAAAUGUGUUCGGGCGGUGGGCGGCGCCAACCAGAGGCUGUCAGAGGCAGUGCGGGCCGCAAAGAUGGACGGACAUACAUCAGUGAUGCUGGGAGGAGACCACAGUUUGGCGAUCGGCUCGAUUCAUGGUCACUCUGCGGCGGUGGGAGAUCUGAGCGUCGUGUGGGUGGACGCCCACGCCGACAUCAACACGCCACUGAGCUCGUACACCGGGAACAUCCACGGCCAGCCGAUGUCCUACCUGCUGCACGAGCUGCACUCAAAAAUUCCUGUCCUGCCAAACUUCUCUUGGAUUAAUCCGUGUGUGUCGGCAAAAGAUCUCGUCUACAUCGGACUGAGAGACGUGGAUCCAGCAGAACACUACAUCCUGAAGCUUCUGGGUGUGAAAGUGUUUUCCAUGUCAGAGGUGGAUCAACUCGGUGUUGCCAAAGUCAUGGAGGAGACCUGUGACUACCUCUCUGCCAAAGCGAAGAAACCGAUUCACCUAAGCUACGACAUUGAUGCCAUCGACCCCUCUGUUACUCCGGCAACCGGGACACCUGUAGUCGGAGGGCUGAGCUACAGAGAGGGAGUCUACAUCGCUGAAUACCUCAGUCAGACAGGUCUUCUGUCGGCAGUGGACAUGGUGGAGGUAAACCCUCUCAGGGGUCAGACUGAAGAGAAAGUCCAGUCCACGGUGAACACGGCGGUGGAUCUGCUGCUCGCCUGUUUCGGACGCCGCCGUGAGGGAAACCACCCGCUGGAUUACAGCCUGCCAGAGCCUUGAUGGGGGAACGACGGUGGCUUCCUUGACUGCACUGACGGACACCUGAACGUCUCUAAUCACCUGCAGUAACUAAAGGGACAAUCAGAUCCUGACUUAAUGACCUCAGAGAUGAUACAACGACUGUGACAUUAAUGUCACUGAAGUCCACAGAGUUCAGUUUUAAUAGAGCAAGUACUGUGUAAUUUAUUACUUAAUCUGCAAUUUUGUUAUUAAUUUGGUCGGGAAAGUGAGAAAAAAGUGACUUGUGCGGAUUGCUUGUUUCUUCCAAAACACAAAGAUUUAUACUAUGAUACAUUAUAAAGCAGCAUAUAGUUUAAUUAAAAACAAGUGAUUCAUGGUCAAAAUUGUUGUCAGUGUCGGAUUGAUAGAAUAAUCAAUGAAUUGUUUGAGCUUUAUGAACUGUUUGAGAUUUUAAUGUAUUAAGAUAAAUGAAAAAUAAUGUUUAUAACCUGAAAAUGUAAUAAAAUUAAUUUUAUCCUGUUUAA